UUUUGAACCAUAUAAAUCCUAGGCAUCAGCUUUCCUCUUUCAUAAUUUUCUUUUUUUACUUUAAGCAAACUCCUUACAUUUUCUCCAUAUUGCAUAUAUUUGAAUGAGAUUAUCGUUUAGUAUAUUGUUACUGCUCAGUGCAGUCCCCUAUCUCACGCAUGCAGAAGAACAAAACAAAAAUAUCAAGGAUGCUCUUGUAGUGGACGCUGGAACUCAAGAGACAACCAAUUUUGGUGCCAAAAUCAAUAAUACUGACAGUUUGACAGUUGGCUUACGCGGUCCUACUCUCAUGGAGGAUUUUAUGAUGCGUGAAAAAGUUAUGCAUUUUGACCAUGAAAGAAUUCCUGAACGUGUGGUACACGCAAGAGGCGUCGCUGCACAUGGUUAUUUCGAACCUUACGCUGACUGGUCUAAUAUUACUGCUGCAAAAUUUCUCAGACAUCCCGGUAAGAAGACACCCACAUUCGUACGUUUCUCCACUGUUCUUGGCUCGAAAGGCUCGCCUGAUACUGUACGUGAUGUAAGAGGUUUUGCAACAAGGUUUUACACUGAAGAAGGCAACUUUGAUCUUGUGGGAAAUGUCAUCGCACCAUUCUUUAUCCAGGAUGCCAUCAAAUUUCCUGACUUAAUCCACGCGGGAAAACCAGAACCAGAUACUGAAGUUCCUCAAGCUGGUACUGCACACUGUACUGCUUAUGACUUCUUUUCACAACACACCGAAAGUAUCCACACUGUUAUGUGGGCACUCUCCGGCAGAGGCAUUGCGAAAAGCUUCCGUCAAGUAGAAGGUUUCGGUGUUCAUACUUUCCGUCUUAUCGAUGAAAAAGGCAAGUUCGUCUUUGUCAAGUUUCAUUGGAAGCCUCUACAAGGCCUUGCCAAUUUGGUUUGGGAUGAAGCGCAAAAAAUUGCGGGCAAAGAUAUCGACUAUCACAGAAAUGAUCUCUAUGAAGCUAUUGACCGCGGCGAUUUUCCCGAAUAUGAGCUCGGUGUACAAAUCGUUCAACCUGAGGAUGAAGACAAGUUUGAUUUUGAUCUGCUUGAUGCGACCAAAAUUAUUCCGGAGUCACUGGUUCCAGUCACAAAGUUGGGUAAGAUGGUAUUAAACAAGAACGUCGACAACUUUUUCUCAGAAACCGAACAGGUUACCUUCCAUAUGGGUCACGUCGUCAGAGGUAUUGGUUUCACUAAUGACCCCCUUUUGCAAGGCCGCCUCUUCAGUUAUCUUGAUACACAACUAAACAGAAUGAGCUCUGCUAAUUUUAUGCAACUCCCUAUUAACAAACCUUUGGUUCCUGUUCAUAACAAUCAACGGGAUGGUUUCAUGCAACACAACGUGUACAAGGGCAAAGUAUCUUACUUCCCUAAUGACAUGCAAGACAAUACACCUGACGUUGUUGCUCCAGAAGAUGGCGGAUAUCUUGAAUAUCCUGAAGAAGUCGAUGGUAAGAAGCAACGAGGCAAGGGCGGCAAAUUUGCCGAUCAUUACUCUCAAGCUACCUUGUUCUGGAACAGUCUAACGAAGGCUGAACAACAGCAAUUGGUUGAUGGUGCUCGUUUCGAAAUUGGCAAGUGUAUGAAUAUGCAAGUUCGUACUAAUAUGGUCAACGUUCUCAACCAUGUCGAUAAUAACCUGGCCCGCCGUGUUGCAGAAGGUAUUAAUGUUACCCCUCCAGAUCCUGUUGUUGAAAACCACAAUCAAACGACUGUUGGCUUGUCUAUUGAAAAUUAUCCUCGUCCUAACCAUAUCAAGGCUAAGAGAGUUGCUAUUGUUGUUGGUCCCGGCACAAGUUGGACGGACGCUAAGAGCAUGCGUGAUUAUUUGGAUAAAGAAGGCGCUUAUGUUGAUUACGUUGGACCUACUAUGGGAUUCCAAAAUGGCUUAAAUGUGACCCAAACUUUCACAACUACUCAUUCUGUUCUUUAUGACGCUGUUUAUGUUCCUUCUGGCAAACAAGAAGCGUUCGACUAUUUAACAGAGCCUACUUCACAAUUCCCUUAUGAUGAACCUUUAAUGUUUAUUCUCGACACUUACCGCCACGGUAAGCCUAUUGCUGCUGCUGGUCUUGGUGUUGACUUCUUGAAGGCUGCGAAAGUCCCUAGCAAAGCCAUUAGCGAUGAUGAAGAAGACCAAAAAAUGUACGGUGUAUUUACAGACAGCAAGGGCAGCAAGUCCUUGCAGAAGUUGCUUAAGGAAGGUCUUAUCAAGCAAAGAUAUUGGAUUAGACUUCCCACUGAUCCUAACGCUAAGGAUUCUCCUACUCUUCCUGUUCAGUAAGCUACCAUCUUGAAUUUCCUAACAUUUACUCUUUCAUUCAAAUACGUAACAUAGGUAAUAAUAAAAUAAUUGUAACCUCGUUUCUCUUCAUAUAAUUUAUUCAUGAAAUUUAGACCUAUCAUGUCAUCUUCGACGUUAUCAAAUGUCUUACCUUUCUCCUGGCCUACUCAAGUACCAGGAUGGAAUCAAGUUUUUUCACUCUCCAAGGAGAAUUUGAAAAAAGUAACAAGCCUCAUUAAGAACUGAAGGAAAUGUGAAACUUCAAAUUCAGUAUAAUUUUUGCCAAACCAUAUAUUUAAAGCUUAAUUCUUCUCUUUUAGUAUGCUUAUUCACUUCACUGUAUAUUUUGUAAAUAAAUUGAGUCCUACUGAUUA